ACUAACGGGGAUGCAUCACCAUGAAAAAAAAAUGUUUGCCUAAUCAAAUUUGCAACAUUCAUAGAAGUGCGUUGCCUUUUUGAACUCUUUACGAUUGAAAUAUUUAAAUUCCUGCAAACUCAUGCGGGUUACUUUGCAUACAAGUCUAGGGAGAUAUCAUAUAAAUGCGGCUCGAAACCUAUGACAGGUAUCAGUCCGCGAGCAAAGUUAACCUUUUGAUAGUGAUAAUCAAGACUGAUUAGGGGAUUUGGAUCAACGAUGAAGCUUUUCCUGCUUCUUGUGGCUCUUUCGGUUGCAGCAGCUGACGAGACACCAGGGUUUUUCAUCAAACUUUCCAAAAGCGUGCCUCGCAUCGGACGCCGGGGUGAUUUCGAAAACUUCUUCCUGAAGCAAUCCAAGAGCGUACCAAGGAUCGGCAGACGUAGUGGUCUUUUCACCGAACAUUCUGCGCCUCAAGAUAAUUCAAACUGGGUUGAACGUUUCAUGCGCCCUGCAAAACGUCCCCUAUCCAGCCCACCAACGGAUAACGGAAAACUCUACAACAAAGUCCGUCCGCUGGAUUUGCAUCACAUCAUCGAUAUCCUUUCAGACGACUUGUUCUUCGGCUCGGACCUGAAAUUUAUCUCUUGGGAUGUGUUGGAUCAAGCCCUCGAAGAGGACCCCGAGCUGAUGGGUAAACUGAGCGCUCUGGCAAGAGACAAAGAAGUGCAUCAGUUGAAACAGCUGCUAACCGAAAAUAAAGAGGAACUUGUUCAGUAUGUGCCGCUGGAGAGCGGAACAUCGGACAUCCACUCCAACAAGGCCUAUAUUUAUCGCACCGACAGGGAUAACCAGAAUGCGGAGCUGAACAAGGAAAAAUUGGAAUAUCAACAAUAACGCAAUCGUUAGUCACGGACUGGAAUCCACCUAUGGCUUUAUAUUAUAUCGCAAUCAACGGACAUGCUUUAUGAAUUAUAUAAAUGUUGUAUUCAUUGAUUUAAUAUUUUAACAAUUGGUUUGGCCCUCUAUUAAGUAUUGUUAAUGGAAGAAUAUUUAUAACAUUACAUGUAUUUUGAAAUAAAUCUACGGUUUACAUGCGAUACAUCAAGCGUUCUUGUAAAAAGUAGGUAAAUCACCAAAACCCACAAAAAAUCACAAGAAAUCUCUACAUUGAAUUAUUAAAGCCAAAUACAAAAUGAA